UCUGCGAGCAGAACCCAUAAAAUAUUCGCUGCUGCGCGUGGAUGCCAAAUUUUACAUGAAACACGUACGCCUGCAAUCCACAAGAUCUGACUGUUUGCAAGCACAGUGGGACCUCCACAGUCUCCUUCUGUCCGAAUUCGCAACAAGAGGAGCAUGGCUUUCUCACAAAAUCCCGAACAAGAACCUCCACGCUCAGGCGCGCCAUGGUGUGUCUCACGUGUUUACUCCUGGGCCGUGGAGUCCUUUCACUCCCGACUCCCCUCUCGUCGACAUAUGACGACCCCCAUGAAUGGCAGGAAAUUCAGGAUCAUGAUUCUGGGUACUUUUGUGGGAAUCAAAUGAUUGCAUGUGGACUGCUUUCUUGAGGAGCUCUCGUCUUUGACUGGAAGACGAACUUUUCUUCCGAGGAGGCGAAUUUAAUCCCUCUAGAAGCUCCGGGUGCAGGUUUCUUCUGAGCAAGAUUGUGAAAACAGAAUUUGAUGAUGAAAUUUGAAUUUGUAUGAUUAAACUAGGCCACACGUCGUCUCGUUGCUCGCCACUUCCGCUGGCUUCUUGCCCGAAACAUCUUGCUCAGUUGAAGACGCUGAGUCGGACUUCGCUCCGCUGUCGAUGCUAACGGGGAACAAGAAGUGCCAAUCCUUUGGAUUUCUCUCUUUACUCGAAACUGCUCUUUGCGAAAUAUCUUAAUCAUAAAAUUUAAGCAGAUUCUAAAAUUUCUGGAUUUAGGAAAAGUAUCUUGAGUUCUUCGUCGUGAGUCGUCAUUUUGAUCCUGCAUCAAGAUUCCCAAUCCGAACUUAAGCAAGUGAUUUCGGUGGUUAAGAUUAAACCAGUCAACGGCUGACUGUAUGACAGAACGCGGAAAACAUUUUCCAAUGUGGCCAUGUGCGCUUGGUCCACUCGGGGCCGAAGGACGGAGAGGACGGAGAGUGAUGAUUGCUGGACGUCGGCCUCCAAUUGCUGCUUGCAUUCGAUCCUUCGUUUUUGACUGGGUUGAGCAAGUGGAGCCCAUGCCGAUGCCGGGACCAGAGACAGGACGAGACUGGCGACUGAGGUGGAGCAUUUGCAGGCUGCUGCUGAUGACGACAGGAUGCGGCGAUCGCGCAAUUGCGGGGAAUCAAGAACUUCGCGACGCGAGGUUCUUCGGGUUUUGGGGAAUUUGCAUGAGCGGGAGGCGAGGGAGAUAGAUUCUUGGAGGGAAGGGGCGUCGAAGGAGGGGAGCAUUCGGGAUUGGUAAAAAGGAGAGCAGGGGCGGGCUGGGAGCAAGAAGUAAGUCGGUCUCCACAGCCCUAACAACAAGAACAACAACAACAGCAGCCAGCCAGCCUGCCAGAGCCAGAGCCAUUCAUCGAGAGGGACAAGGCAGAAAGGAAAGAAAGAGCUCUUCUUUUCCACUGGACCUGCAACAAGAAGUGGUGAAUUCGAGCGGCUGGCUUGUUGGGGUCGGGUGUUGGAGCAGGAGUACCGGGAGCUUUCGCUGUAUAGGAUUUGAGAAAUGUGCAGAGGCCAACGAGGGCAAGAGUAUAGUUGAAAGUGCAGUCAGUUGCUUCAAUACUGCGCGACCGUAGACAUCGUCUGUAAUUUUGCGCUCGCGGUGGAACUUUGGACUUUACUAUACACCUGGAUAGGAAAGUGUAACCCGCAUUGUGAGACACCUGUUCUCUAGGGGAGACCAACUGGUUUCAUAGCACUUUUUUCGGAUGCGCAAUUCAGACAAGUGUGAGAGCAGGACUUCGUGAAGUGAUCCUUUCCUUCAGAAAAUUAUAGACCUCCUCAAUUUGUCGACCACACACCCUCCUCCAGCUUCGAGUGAUCCGAUUUCUCGAUCACUUCAUAGAAGGGCUGUAAGUCAGGAGCAGAAACUUAGUUAUCACAGGCAUUCUUUUGUAAGCUUUCUUUUACGAAGGGAAUCCAUCAGUCCGUAGACAUGGAACUCGAUUGGUACUCCAGGGCUACUGUGAACAUGUCGUCGUCGUCGUCCUCCUCAUCGACGAACUCGACGUGGAGAACGAACGUCAAUGUGUCGGAUCCUGAAAGACAAGCGUCAAGAUGGAAUUCACUUCUGAAUCUGAUUCAGGAUAGAGGAAUUCUGAGAGGGUCAGCUGUCGAGGAGUGCCCUUCUCCACGAAGCAAUGUGUUGUCUCCGAAGCAGAGACCUCACGCGCCUCAACAGCCACAGCUCUCUCCUCAGUGCGUUCGUUCUCUAGCAGGCGAAGGCUCACUGUCUUCCAAAUCUCACAUCUGCUUCGCUUGCGUCCUUCACCAUCACGAUUAGUCGUAGAAGCCGAUGGGCAGGACAGCAGCUCUCACAAUAAACUGUAUAAUACAAUCCAGACGCGAGAUGUGGAGACACGAGAUGUAGAUGUAGUAGGACCCUUCAGUUGGGGUCGGAUGAGAGUAGCGAUUAGAGAUUAGCGACUCCCUUUACAGAUUUCAGCUAGCUUAUGAACCUGAUGCGUGCAGGCAGCUGUGUAAUAUAUGUUUAUAGAAUGUUCGCGGAUAGAUCAGAGACCAUUGAAUCGGGACCCUACUGCCAGAAAGUACUGGAUGCGAGUUAGGACCACAGUAGAAGAACAGGGCGAACGAGCUUUAGGUGGUUAAGACUCAGGCGUAGGAAAUGUGUCGAAUUUUCAGUCAAGCGGGCUGCUCAUCGACGACACAUCCCAGAGCGGUUUAACAGGAAUCAUGCGGAAGAGAAAUCUUCAACAACGCUCCGAGCAAUGGUGAUCGAGGAACUUCAGAGGGGACCCGAAUCGGGGCGGAGGUCCUCGUGCAUGCGAAAGCGAAAGCUGCAGAAGGCGCAGCACAUUCAGCUCACGGCGAGCUUAUAAGCCCGAGAGUACACGUACUGACAAACUGCUUCAGUCCCAAGCUGUCCGUCCGGCAGUCGAAUCCAAUUCCUUCCCGCUACGAUGUGCAAAAUUGUGGAGCUUUUCGGCGAGCGCCGAGAAGUCAGUGUUCGAGUUGCAGCCCGGAAAGGAUCCAGUUUUGUCAAUUUUCCCCAACAUCCGGAUCCUUUCCGUUUUCGCUCAGGCGAAAUUCGUCGAGUGCUGCGUCGAGUAGUGGGGAGUGGUCGUGCCCUUGUAAUUUAUGGGAUGCGAGGUGUCGGGCGAGACGAUGCCUUUUGAUUCAAAGGAAUCCAUUUGGCGAGAGUCAGUGUCGUGCGGUAUAUAUCAGUAUGGUAGCAACUCGGAUUGGCAGUUGCGACCGGCCUGCCACAGAUUUUCAAGUUCAGGUGUAACAUUUCAAGCCCGGAGGGCUGCAGUUGCCAAUAAUGGAACCUAUUUGACCCAGUACUUCCAGUCGGUGGAAUUGUGCAAAUUCAGCACCCUCAGUCUACACCUUCCACCGAGAAUUUAAUGUUGAUGGCUGCUGACAUUUCAAGCUCGUACAGUCUGAGGCUGCGCAUCUGGAGUAUAUCAUCUCCGGAUUUACUAGAGCUCAGUGGAGAGUUUAUACCUCAGCACAAUUUCCUACAGAAUUUCAUUGCACUUCAGGGCUCUUAAUUUCUCAACAGUUAGGCUGAAUAAUUAAGAGCCAUGAACUUCUCGAACGUCUUGUCAUAAAUUAUUCCGGUUCAGAUUGAAACGUCAUGUCUCC